CGGCUAUAUUCAGUCAGCAACCAGUUACCAUGACCUAAAGAUACAUUUUCUUUAAAAAAAGGCCUGAAAAUGGCUUCAAUUUUAAAAAACCAAAUUCUUAAGCAUCUUUCAAAAUUUACAAAGAAUUUAUCUCCUGACAAGAUCAACCUUAGUACACUUAAGGGUGAGGGAGAGUUAUCUAACCUUGAAUUAGAUGAAGCCAUUUUAAUGGAAUUGUUGGAUCUUCCAACAUGGAUGAGAUUAAAACGAGCUGUGUGUAAUAAAGUGUCAAUUAAGAUCCAGUGGACAAACUUAAAAUCCAAACCAAUAUGUCUGUAUCUGGAUGAAGUAAUUUUAGAAAUUGAAACUUGUGAAGAACCAAGACCGCCGAGUAAUCCAGCUCAUUUAGCUAGCUAUAGGUCUGGAGGAAAAUAUGGCUUUGUUGAUAGAGUUAUUGAUGGCAUCUAUGUCCAGAUAAAUUCUGUGUCUGUCAAGUUUAUUUCACGUCAGUUCAAUGCUACAUUACAGUUAUCCAGAGUGCAAGUAGGAAGUGUUACACCAACGUGGCAAAAGACUAGUCACCUUGGCAACACCAAGUUAAAAGAUCCAGAUAGAGGAGAAAUUCUAUUAUUCAAAGAAGUUGAAUGGCAGACGACACGAAUUGAAGCCACAGCAGUUGAAGGAGAAUCUAGUGAACAGUUUGUAACCACACCCCUCAGAUUUAUAGCCAACCAAUCAAAAAUCAGAAUUGCUAUCAAGAAAAAAUUAAGUGAUUGUUCCAUUAUAUCGACCAGACUGAUGCUAUAUUUAGAUGACCUCUUAUGGGUGUUAACGGACACACAAUUAAAGGCUGCAGUAUUAUAUGCCAACUCACUGAAGGAAACAAUAGAAAAAUCAAGAAGACAAAGUAAAAACUUAGCUGCUGAAAAACUACAGAGACAAGGUCAUGCUGGGAAUACACCAGCUGUACAACAGCCUCAGCAGACGUCUGCACACUUCAGUAGGUUUGAUGUGCAGACGACAUCAUACCACCUGAUCACCAGCAGGAUUGACCUUCACCUUUGUGAUGACAGCUCACCAGAUUCAGUUCAUGGUGCCGACCACAAUAAACAAAUAGAAGGCGGAGCUAUGCAGGUUACAAUACACAAGCUGUCAGUAGAUAUAUACCCCUACAAUACAGCUGGUGGCGAAAGAAAACAUUGGUUUUCUUAUAGUGAUAAUCAAGGAUCUCGUAAUCAUUGGGUACAACAACUGUUUAAUGCAUUCAAGAAAGAAGUGGGAAAAGCUAGAGAGACAUGUUUUGCUAAUUCACCUACUCAGUCACCUGCCCAUCAACCAACCAAUCAGAGAACACCAGAAAGAAGUUCAACCAAUCAGAAGACUCCAGAAAAGAUGUCUUCUGCUGCUAGUCAAAACCAACCAAAACCCAAUGCAUCACCUCAACCAACCAGAAAAACAUCUCAUUCUACCCCAAAACCAAGAACAACCAAACUUUUAGAAAGCUGUAUUGUUUUGAAGAUUGAAGAGUUUACAAUUUACCAGGUGUCGACUGCUGAUAAUACACGUAAUACACCAAAAAAGUUUCUGUCAUCUGAUAAAAAGCAGCUCCAUCUACCUUCAGAUACAUCCAUUCUCCAUGCAGAAUACACAGAGUAUUUCUUCCCAGAAGGCAUUGAUUAUCCAGUGCCACAUGCUAACCUAUAUAUUUUGAUCAACCCAAUUAGACUGAUGGUGGAUUAUCUAACUUUGUUGUGGACUAACUACUUCCUGUUAAACCUGGCUCAAAGUAUGAAUGCAGAACAAGACAGUCAGAAACCACCAGAACAUAUUGAUAUCAAACUGGAAUCGGUGAUGCCAAGAUUGAUAGUCCGUAUUGAUGAAAAACUGGGAACAGAAUCUGACUGUCCAGCAGGAAUGCAGAUACAGAUUUCUAAACUAACUGGUUCCAAUACACGUGUAGAGGAAGGAGAUACUUUAAAGGACUUGUCAGAUCUCAUAAACAAUUAUAGCGGAGCAAAUUUAUUUAACAGUGAUUCAUUCCCAAAUGAACAAAAUCCCAUUGUUACCAUUCCAAAACAUUUUGAAAAUCAUGCCAAGAUGGCCGACAAUGCAUUUAUUUGUCAGUAUGCAAAAGACUUGCUCACUCCAAAACAAACACUUUCUGAUAUAUCCCCAGGACUUGAGAUGGGUAAGGAAGCUUUAUCUAAACUGCUGAACACUAAUACAUUAAAACGUAAUGCUAAUCUGGAUUUUUGGAGUUUUACUGCAGAUCAAGUUUGGAUAGAUUUUAUUGGUAUUGCUAAAUCUCGACCUCUACCAUUUGUGCAAGCUAUUCCUUUAAAGUUUUGGAUAUGUCGACCACUGACGGUAGAUCAAUGGUCCCAUACAUCUAGUCAUUUUAAACUUGUGCCAAACGAACAAAGAGACAAUAGAACUUUGACAAGUCCAGAGCGUGAAACACGCAAGGCAAGAAUGCUUUUGAAGCAAUACUAUAAUGAGGAUAAGAAGUCGUGCAAUGAUGAUCUAGAAAACAAUAAGGAAAACAAAUCUUGUGACAAUCCGGAGGGGCGGAGCAAUAGUACGGGUGCCAAUGGGCAUGUGCAAUCGAAAUUUUUAUGUGAUAUCAAUCUAUUGGUUCAUGUUGGUGGACCAAUCAAAGCUCAGAUGACUCAUUUCCAGUAUUUAUGUUUACUACGUAUCAUGGACUCUUUUACAGUCUUUCAGUCCCAGUUAGCAGCCGAUAUGAACUAUUUUGAUCAAAGUUCAGCUGCUCCUGUGUUUAGGUUUGCGGUACCAAUAAUGAUUCAGGAAUUGGAAUUUGCGAUGAUUUGUCCCUCCAUUGUUCAGGCAUUGCCUAGCAACCAAGUGGAAAUAUCAACAGAUGAUAUGUCUACUAAUGAUAGCAGUUCAAUAUCAGAAGAAAAAUGUAGUUCCCAGCAGCCUCUACCAGAUAAUCAGGGUUUAGGUAUUGACUUUUAUCCUAAUGAAGACACAUCACUACAAGUUCAUCCUGUGAUAACCAAAUCUCUUAGUGAUUCAACAAUACAGUGUCACAUGUUAGAGGGUAACAUUCAAGGUCAAAUACCAGAGAUUGAAGUUACCCAGAAUCUAAAUGUUUAUUCAAACUCAGAAGUGAACUUGACUACUCAAGGUCAUAGUUACAGUUCUACACGAACAAAUGAUUCAGGUUACGGUUCAGAAAAUAAGUUUAGGCCAACUGCAGGCAAAGCAAAUAAAAUGAAAAAGUCCUUUGCAACAGCCAUGUUUAGCUUGACAGACAAAAUAAAAAAUCUUGCAGACGACAGCAGCUCAAAUGCUGAUGAAGAUACACUGUCGAUAAAAACUGAUAAUUCAGAUGAUGACACAGAUUUUGAAAUGUUAACUUUUGAUGAGAAUGAGUUUCCAGUAUUCUCACAUCAUAAAAACAGGUCAGAAACCGGGUCAGAGACAGACACUCAGGAUGGUAUGUCAACCAUGGGAGCAGAACUGGAUGCUGCUGUUGCUAAAGGCAGAGAACAGAUUUCUGUGAUACUAUAUAAAUUGUGUCAGCUCGAACUGAUACUUCAAAGUGAUGGGUUGGAUACUACAGCAAGGAUACAGUCACAGAAACUGCUAACCACUCAGCCUGGUAACAUGUGUUACGAAAAGUUCUUUUCUACUUUUGUAUCAAGGAAAGGUUUUAUGCAUACUAUGGCAGACAAUACAGAUGAUACUUCUAAAUCAUCAUUUCCUGUCAGAUUCAAACUGGUUUCUGGUCCCUCUGUACCAGAAGCUUGUCUACAGCAUGGGAUACCUAAACCUACAGUGGAAACCAGUUUAAUGGAUGUCAGGGCUCAGAAUUUUGGACUGAAGUUUACAAUGUCAGGCCUUACUAGCAUGAUGACCUUUAUAGAGGACACGGUCAGCUCUGUUGCCACGCCGAUGCAUGUAGAUGUUGACAGAUUCUUAUUGACAUUACAGGAUGAUGCAGUGCCGGUCAUUCAGGAGUCUGAAGUUCCACCCGUCACAGAACUCAUGAUUAGUAGGCUGAAAAUAACCAGAGGUCAGGAUGGAGUGCUCCAUCUCAAAGGUCAAACAAAAGGUGAAGACAAUAUAAAGGAAACAGCAAAACUCACAGAAGAUGCAGAAGUUGAAAGGAAUAAUCAUGCAGACGACAACAUUGAUCAAAAAUGGAAAACAAUUUCAGAAGAAAAUAGAGACCUUAAAAUUUUAUUGGACGAAAUGUCAUUGCAAAAAUUAAAAUUGCAAGAAAAAGUUGAUGCAAUAUCUAUGGAACUAACAACAAAAUGUGACACUCUUCAAGAAGAGAACAAAUCACUUGAGGAACAUUUAACAAAAAUGUCACAGCUGACAAACUCUAAGAUUGAAAUGGGCAUUAGUGGUAUUGAGAAUGAAAAUUUGAAAUUACAAGAAAGAGUGAUGUCUUUAGAAGAUGAAGUGAAGCAUGUAAAUCAGGAAAAAGAAUCUUUGAUCUCUACUUUAAAACUCAUGCAAGAUGAGUUGAUGCAGUCAGAACAGCUGCACCAUAAACGCACAUUGUCAAAUACGUCAUAGCAUAGUAGAAUUACAUUCCAAAAACGAGUUUGUACUUACGGUUUUAUUCAUGUGGCAUUACACUAAUUUAUCCAUAUCUGCUUCAUUUAUAAUUUAUUUUGUACAGUAUUGGUAUAUAAUAGCAUAAAAAAACACUUUGAGUGAAAUAGCCAUAAAAAAAUCAGUGACUUUUUAAAUUGAUUUUCAUUCAUUUAAAAAAAAAAAAGGAAAUUUGCACAAUUUGUUUUUCUGUAUAUUGAUAUUCAAUCACAUAAAGGGAGAAAACGAUAGCAAUAAUUUGUAUUUCAAUUUUAGAGGCUUUAAUAAAGUAGGGAAGCUCUUUUUAUAAGGCACAUUUAGUAUAAAAUCUCCAUAUCUAUGGAAACACAAAAUUAAAUAUACACAGUCACAAUUUGAUAAAAG